AAACCAUUUGUGGGCAGAUUCUCAGGAGAAGAUAUACCAGUAUAUACCAAGAUAUACACCGGACUCAAUCUCCCCACCUGGAAUCCUCACAGACUGUUGACCUGUCAGAUCCUCUGUCUCACAUCUGGCUGCACAUCUGGCCUCGUUGAGUCCUCCGUGAUGGAUCCUCUGGACUUCCUGGAGCCGGAGGAGCUGCUGCGCUACUUCCGCAGUAACAAAACAGUGAUGUCCUGCAUGGAGAACCCGCACACGUUCCUCUGCCAACUGCGGGACCACGACCUGAUCCCGGAGGACACGUUCAAGAAAGUGAGUCGCAUGAAGAAAAAAGAAAACCUGAGGAAAGCCCUGUAUGACGUGCUGGACUGGGUGGAGCGGGAGCGAUCCCAGCACAUCAACCUGUUCUGGAGAUAUGUUUUUGAAGACCCCAUCCUGAACGUCUACCCAACCCUGAUACGGCUGCGUAACAGCCUCAUGGACGGAUCUUUCGAGAAGACAGAGACAGAUAAAAUGAAAAGGAAGGAGCUCUCUGAAGUUGAGGAGGAAGAGGAGGAGCAGGGGAGCUCAGUGAAAAAGAAGAGGAAGCUCUUGAGGAGGAGCAUGUGCGAGGAUGAUGAGGAGCAGCAGCCCGGUCCUUCCUCUCAGGUGCCUCGUCGGAGGAAAAAGACAGAGAAAGUCAAUUCUCCGUUGAAGAAAGGACAGAAAAGGGACAUUUUGACUUUGCUACUUAAUAAGACUCAGCUUCCUGUGACCUGUGGAUCCAAGGAGGGGAUGCUGAGCAGGGAGCGCCUGGCGAAAGGGGAGAAGUGCAUUUUGUCCCAGAAACAGUGGUUUACUCCCAGCGGAUUUGAGAAGUUUGCAGGGAAGGGAAGCUGUAAGAACUGGAAGUUCAGUAUUAAGUUUAUGGGUUCCCCCCUGGCAAGACUUAUAAAGGACGGGCACCUGAAAACAGCAACAUUCAAAAGACGCCAUAAAACGGAUUCAAGACGGGCCAAGAGAUCACUGUUUCCAUCUGAUGGUGCAACCACAGUGUCUGAGGAAGAAGAAGAGGAUGAUGAUGAUGAUGAUGAUGAUGAUGAUUAUGAUGAUGAUGAUGAAAAUGAGGAGGAUGAUCUGGAAAACCAGGAGGACGGGGUUCCUUGUAGCAACAAAGAGAAUUCUACGGACAUCACAGAUGAAGAUGAAGGGACUGAGAACCAGACGGAGCCAGAAGUGGGCAAAGUCUUCAAAGUGACAUGUGGAGGUGAAGCUGGGACUUUACACCAAAAACGAUUUGCAUCAGGGACUCGUGGAAAGUGUAUUCGAACAGAGAGGGGCUGGUUGAGCCCCAUAGAGUUUUUAAAUGAGGCAUCAAGUCAACAGAGCCGCUGGAAGAGAGACAUCUUGUGUGAAGGAAAACCACUCUGUGCUCUCAUAGAGGCGAAGGUCUUGAGGAUCCACUACCUGCUGUGUGAGUGCAGUCUUUGCAAACCAAAUGAAUCAGAUCUGGAGGACCAGAAAAACGACGAUGAGUGCUCUGUGUGUAAAAGAGGAGAAGCUGACCUGGUGAUGUGUGAUUCAUGUCCUUGUUCCUUCCACCAGAAAUGUCACCUGCCACAUGUAGAUGACAACCUUUUGGGGGACGACAGGCAGUGGAUUUGUACGUUCUGUUUAACCACUCAGCGGCAGUCCGGUGUUAAGCUGAAAAUGACAGCAGCCCUCAAACACCAGAUCUCAGGACACAUACUGGAAUGUCAGUAUCUCAUCAUGCGUCUGUUCAGUGCUGAUGACCAACAAAUCUUUGCUUCAGACCAACGCCUCUACUUAGAAAGUAACUCCACGUAUGUCCAGACUCCGAUGUGGCUGGAAAAAGUUACAGAGAAACUCCAGGAGAAAGAAUACGGAAAAGUUGGAGAUUUUGUGUCUGACGUCAAACUCAUGUUCACCAACUGGGCCAAGUACAACCGGGCUAACCCUGAACUCCUCGCCCUGGGGGACAGACUGCAGCAGUUAUUUCACUCCCAGUUCAAAGUCGUGUUUAACAUCGAUGAACAGAGCGGUGACUGAUGAGCAGGGUUACGUUUUCAAACACGGUACUCAGUGGUGAAAAAAGGCUUAAAAGUUACAGAGAUGCAGUUUAGUUUGAUUUUAUGACUUUUUUUUACAGUGUAUUAAUUAAAAUAACUCAGUAUUAAAAUAAGUUUCAGUAAACCCACUGUUCAGAUUAUACCACUACUUGUGAACAGUGGUUAUUAUGGGAUACUUCUGACCAUGUGACAACUCAAUACAGUACUUUUUAUCAGUUCACCUUCACUGUAAUGACCAAUGUUUAAUAUUUAUGUUUUUUCCUUUUCUACAAAACUUAGUGACUUCUCCUAAUAUAAUAUAAAUAUAUGUAUUUUAAAAUGUAUUUUCUCCAAAGCAUCUGCAUCAUGCAAAAUAUCUGGAUUUCCACGUCACUAUACAUAAUUAAAACAUUGACAUGUUUUAUACAAUUAUAUAUAACAUGUCUAUUUUUCUUUUUUGUGCACAUCUGAUAUGAUGUAGUGUUUGGAUUUUAAAAUAUGUGUUUGUCUGUGUGUGUUUGAAGAUGGAAAUAGACCUGAACUCUAAACAAAUGCACGAGGGUGGGGGCAGGAGCAGUUUGGCCUUCAGACGAUGACUUAUAAUAACCGUUGCUGCUUUGUGGUAAUCUUGAAGUUAAUUAGAAUUUGUGUGUGUGUGUGUGCAUCUCAUCGCUGUACAAUCUCACACCUGUCUUGAUAAGAGUUCUGAUAAGAGCUGAUGCCUGUUGUGGAGACUGUAAAUCUGUGGCAUUCAUCAAUACACUGUACAUUUUCUCAUUCCUAACUUUUCUGUAUCAAAGGAUAAGUCCCUUAGCUUUAGUCAGCAUCACACAGAGUUCAAGCAGCUGCCCUAGGUUCUGACGGGCAGAUAGAAAGGCGUUGUUUUGUUUGGAGGAUCCGAAUGUUUACACAAACAGAACAUACAGCCGAUAGAGCAGGAACACAAUAUUCUUUACUCCAAUGCACAACAACACCGACCCACAAGGGAUCAGCCGAGUCAAGGCUUGUUCAUGAAAAAUUCAAAUAAAACUGUCAUGGUGAGAAGAUUUUGCCCUGCGGCGGUCAGAGGGGGGGCCUAACUGGGAGUGGCUGCUCGUCAUUUCCUGAUUCCAGUGCCAAGAGGCUGGAACUACGCCUGCGCAUCAUCGAGUCUUGACUUCCCUCAUUAUUGACCAAUCCUGUUCUACCUACUGUUAUAACUAUUAUAACCGUCGUCCUUGCGGGGCAACUCUUGACUGCCUGGUGCUGCUAGAGGGCCAGGGCCGUGCGUUGGGUGCCCAUUGCUUUGCUGUAACUUUUCUUAUUUUCAUUGCUUCUUAAUAAAUACUUGAUUGAACCAAACCGAGACAGGCCCUUCUCAUAUUUGGGAUAAACAGUAGACAUGAUUUAUUCAACAUAACUAAACGUUCGGUAACAACAAACAGUACAGUAUAUACUAAGUAGUAUGUAUCCACUGUUUGUGUGUGUGUGUACUUUGUAUAUGUAUGUAUGUGUGUAUGUAUUUUAUAUUUGUAUGCUCCCUCAUCACCUCUGAGCUGCCUGUCUUGUCCUGUGUCCACUGAAAAAUAACCUCAAUGGAACCUUCCUGGUU